CUCACGACUUUGCCAAAUGAAAUUCUUCACAACAUCUUGCAGUGGCUACCGCCGAAGGAUCUCGGAUCACUACCCCGCGUCUGCCGGGCACUUCACAGCUAUGUGAAAGACAACCAGAAGCUGUGUCACGACGUCUAUCUGCAUCAUUUUGAUUUGCCUCCAGCCGAGGAGGGAGUCGAUUGGCAGGAUGAACUACACGGUAUCGUCAGAUUAGAGAAUAUCUGUCUGCGUGAAACCGCCGAAGAAAAGGCAAGUUUUUCUUGUCAUACUUUCCUCCUUUUUCACCCUCUGAGCUUUGUAUACGAUGUUGUGAACCGGAUGCUCCAGCAUGCCUCUUCCGCAGGACAUGCUGUAGAGGCUUCUGACACUCAGUAUGCAUCGAGAAACGUAGAUUUCCUAAAUAGCCUCUUUGAGAACGAGGUCAACCGCGAGGCCUUUCUUCAAAAGUCCUCCCUCUUUGAGAGGGUGUACAGAUCCCAGCACCAAUUACCGUCUGACAAUUUGAGCAAAGAGCAACGACAGCAAAGCGCAAAGCUACACUGUUUAUACGGCAAGUCAAUCCUCAAGGUCGGAAGACUACGAUCGGCUAGGACCUAUCCUUAUGCCUGCUCGAAAGUCUACGACAUUCGGCAGUACACCGCCCAAACUCGCUGGGGCCCCUUUAUGAACGAUGGGAGCGACCGCGUGGACUGGGAGAAGGUCGAGGCGAUCCUCAUUGUGUUGGGGAACAAUGUAUACGCCAAGAAGCUUACUCGGCUUUUUAGCGAUAUCUGGGAUAACCCCUUCUCUGGAUCUUGGAAAGGCAGCUUCAUAACUUCUCCUAGUCCGGAUAUAACGUCACUGGACGCCAUGGAUCCAUAUGGCGUAACUGGCACUUGGUAUCGGCUUGUCUGCUUUCUUGACUACAACGACUUCUUCAGCUACAACUUUACCAACCCUGAACGAGACGAGUCUCCCCUGCAUACGCUCGACGUUGGUGAAGCGACUCGGUUGAUCAUCAUGAGGAUCCACGUCACUAAGAUUGAGCAAGCUGGACCGGACUCGGAAUACUCGUCGGAUUUGCCGAUAGUGCACUUUGAGGGUAUCUCUCGCCCACUCGACGAUUCAUGGGACGACAAUGCGUCAUCUGAUCUUCGAGGGACCGUUGGCUUAACGAAAGAGGGCGAGGUCCGGUGGACGUCAGUAUCCAUCUUCCAUGGACAUGAGAGGUGGAAGAGUGAGGGUGUCCAGGUCGGCGGGGUGCGAUCUGCUCGUGGGGUGAUUGGAAACUGGUUCGACAGGGACUAUGAUCCUCACGGCCCCUGCGGACCGUCGGCUUACUGGAAGGCUAGCGACUCGGAA